AUGUCCUCUUCGGCCCGCUUGGGGAGAGCACUGGGAAGUGCAAACAGAGGCGAAGAUGUCGGCGUGGAUAUGAAUUGCUCACCUGAGCUGAGCCAAUUGCUGCAAGCAGUGCUGGCUGCAGCACAGAGCAUAGCUCUGGACGCGCUGCUGCAACCUGGCAAUAGACCAAAAGGAGAACAAGUCAGCAUGACUGCCGAGCUUUGCGUAGAUGGAAGCUCCUUAUUCACACCAGUCCAGCCGGCUUGGGCUCGACCUGAUGUGAAGCCAAAGGAGGGCGAUGAGCUCUUCCGCAGCAACUCAGACUUGGCUUUGAAGCCCAAAAGCAAGGGCGUUCUUGAGCGGCGUCCUGAGCUUCCAAAGCCCAAAGCCAAAGCUCCAAGCAACAGCGGCUUGGCGGCCAAGUGCUUCGCACUGGUAGCGGAGCUACCUUGUGCCAUGGCGACAGAUGCUGGUAAGUUCUGGAAAGAUGAUGAGAUCAUUGUUGAUAAAGAUGGAAUUCCCCACUACACUGGACUUCGCCCCGAGUUGAUGCGUGAAUAUAGGAAGAGAGUCCUUUUCGCAUUUUCGAUGCUGGAGGGAGAUGGUGACACACCGGAGAAGGAGGCCAGAGAUCUAGAGAAGAAGAAGCGCCGUUUUGCAAAGCGCUUGAUGGACGCCCUGCAUGGUGAAGCAUGGCGAUGUUGUCAGGACCUCCUCAUGGACAUGGACACGCUCCAGAAGCCUGACGGCUACAAGGCCAUCUUCAAGGCCCUUCAGACCAUCGAGAAAGUGACUGUUGUCAGGAAGACCGAAGAGUUUGACAAGUUCUUUGAGCGAGGAUUCAGGCGACGAGGACAAGCUCUUGACACCUACCUCCGUUCCCGUCGACAGGACUGGCAUGAACUUCAGGAGCUCGAUGACCAGACUAGCAUGAGCCCCGAUUUACUGGCUUACUUCAUCCUCAAGCAGUGCAAUUUGAGCAAAGAAGAUCGUCGACAGAUUUUGCUGGCCAACAAUUCGAGCUAUGAUCUGGAUGGUAUUGAGAGAGCUAUGCGUGUGAGCUUCUUCGACAUCCACGAGCGUGAGAAAGUGAUGAAGCCGUCUUGGGAUGCUCGUUCCAAGGGUCAAGGCAAGCGCAAGCAGUAUGCCCACAUGGCUGACGAGUAUGACAUCCUAAAGGAUGACCCCAUUGAAGAGUUCGAUGAUGACCCUGAGAAUGAAGACGCUCUUGAGUAUGCCAACCAGGUUGAAGAUGAGCCGGAGAUUGAGUUCGACGAUGGUGAGCCAGAUUUGCAGUCAGAUGCCGGAGCUUCGAAUGAUGAAGAGAUCUUCAAUGCCUACACCACCAUGGACAAGCAGCGUCGUUCCUACAAGGAUUCAAGGAAGCGCCUUCGUGAGAUUCAGAAGAACCGCGGCUUCUACAAGCAAGGUGACCCUUCAGAGAGAGCCGCAGCCAUCGAGAAGGAGAAGGCUCGCACUCGCUGUUCUGCCUGUGAUCGCAUUGGUCACUGGGCAGGAGAUCCAGUUUGUCCCAAAGCUGGAAAAGGUGGUCCGAAGCGAGGAAAAGGAUCCAGUCGAAAAGGAGGUGGAAAGGGUGGCAAGAAGGCUCGCGCCUAUCUUGCUUCAGAAGAGCCUUUGUUCUUCGUGCUGGAUGACUCGGAGGAGGAAGCCCAGGCCUACAUGGUCAAAGACGACUCGGAGAAGAAUGAGAUGGAGCAGGAUGCCGGAUGGACCGAGCUUGAUGGGCGUCGCAAGGUCGCCAGCUCGGCGGCGUCCCAAUCGUCUGAGGGAUGGUCCAAGGUGGAGGGCUACGCAAGCCUUGGGAAUGAUGCACCACCAUGGCGCCCAGAUCACACCUUCUCAUCACCGGCUACAUCGACUGUGGAGAAGGACACCUUGUUCUUGCCGGUCAAUCCACCUUUGCAGCGCCAGAUGCCAGUCAUCGUCAAGGAGGCUGGAGUCUACAUCAUCCAGGUGAAAGAUCGUGCCAUUCUUCGCCCAGAGCUGGAUGAGAUGACGCAUCGACAGCUGCAAGAAGAGUUGAACAAGUAUGAUUUGAGAGUUUCCGGCAACAAGGCAGAGCUUCGAUCCCGCAUGGAGUCGUUCUUCAACGGUGAGCCUGUGCAUCGCAAGGGAUGCUCUCGUCAGUUCAUCAUGCUAGAGGAGCUUGAUCCAUCGGCGCCGGCCCCAAAGGCUAUGCCUCAGAGUCUCAAGCAGUCGAUCCCUGCGAAGAAGAAGGAAAGUGCAAAGGCAUCGUCUUCGACAGUUGAACAUGCAAGGUUCGUGCGAGAAGUGGAGGAUCCAAGUGAGAGGGACAGCCGUCGCCAACAGCCACGACUACGCCGAAGACAUCAUCACCUGCAACGCCAAGUCGCCUUCCGUUGCAGACUGGCGAGAUUCUACCUGGUGUGCCUUGUGAAGUUUGCGGUGCAGACUUGUGUGUCCGUCAGAACCGCGCAAAGCUCAACCUCUUCAUCGGCUGCACGGCCUAUGGACGCACAGGAUGCUGAUUCACCUACACCUACGAUGAGGGACUGGCAGCGGCCAACUUGGCUCGCCGCCAGCGCGGCCUGUGAACAGCUAGAAGGUGAAAUGGUGCAAGAGAACUCAGGCAAUGAGCCCAAUGAUGCUGCCAAUGAAGUGGACAACGCGAACAUGAAAUCAAUGAACAAUGCUGGACUGUUUUUUGAUGAAAGUUUUGCAGAAGAAGCCACUGCGAAGGACGAACGCCGAGUGUGUCUUCUGGAUACCGCUUGCACGUCAUGUAUGCACUCCAAAGCAUGGCGUGAAGCUUACACCAAGCACCUUCCUGGAGAUCUUGUUUGUGAGCCGACGGAUGAGACCAAGACCUUUCAUUUUGCAGAUGGAGGCUCAACGGAUGGUAAGAUUAAUGUUUGGAAGAUUCCUUUGGUCAUUGGUGGGCGAAGAGGCAUGGUUUUCAGUGCCGAGGUGCCCACCGGUUCAACACCGCUUCUUUUGUCGAUUGCUGCUAUGGAAGCACUUGGUAUGACCUUGUUUAUGAAGGAGCGCAUGGUGUUGAUUGGCGCCUUAGAUGUCAAAGUCCCCAUGUUGAAGACCAGAACCAAACAUCUUGCUUUAGAUGUGACUGGAAGUGUUUCAGUUGACAGCCAUGAGCGGGAAGCACCACUCUGCCAGUCACACAACAACGACCUCUACCUGUACUUGGUCGAGGAGGCCUCAUACCAGAUCGGUGAAGGGCAGUUCUUUGAGACCCUGCCUGAUUUUCCAGUGAAGAUGAGUUCGGAGCAUGAGUUUGCUUUGAAGUUGGGACCUCGAGGUGUUUUUCCACAAGACCAUCGAGGGGAGUUGAAGCCCAGAAGACAUGAAGAGCUUGAACGGUCGAGCAAGCAGUUGAGGAACCUUGAUCGUCGGACCUGGACAGCUUUGAAACACAGAUAUACCUAUGCAGAAGAAGCAGCCUCACACCAGUUCCAGACGACCAUGAUUUUCGAGCCCUUUGGUGGUACUUUCGGCAUUACGAGAGCUGCCACACGCUCUUACGGCUGGACGUGCUCGCAACCCCUAGACAUCUUAGAUGGCUAUGAUCUUUUGUCCUCAAAAGGUGAGCGACUUUUGUGGCGCACACUUGAUGAGCGCAAUCCCUACCUCACGGUCCUUGCCUUCGAUUGUCGGUUGUGGUCAUUGUUGAACAACCUCACCUCCAAGGCACAGACUCGAGAGCAGCUACAGCAGCUUCGAGAAGGCGUGGGUAGAAAGACAUUGCUUUUGGUGUACCGGGUCUGCAAACACCGGUUCAAAAGGGGUCGAUACUAUUUAAUCGAAAAUCCUGCUGGAAGUUUAGCUUGGAUGUUUGAUGAACUUCUUCCACGACUACUUCAUGAAUGUGAAGGCAAAUACAUUGUUUCAGAUCAGUGUGCCUACGGCAAGAUUGACUUGGAGAGCCUUCGUCCCGUGAAGAAACCUACUGGAUGGCUUUCUAACAAUGAACCGCUUCUCAAUGCACUCGGGAAGCGAUGCAAGUGCAAAUGGGGUUCACAUCAGCUGACCUUGGGAAGAAACUCCUAUGGACCUCGGGCACGACAAGCCUCCGCUUAUCCUCCCAAGUUGUGCCUGGCAGUUUGUCAAGGUGUGUUGAACUCUAUGAAGAUCGACUAUGCACACCGCGCAGCUUUUGACCUCAGUUACCCUGCAUUAGAUGAAGACAUGGAAGAGCAAGCUGAGGAGCCAGACAUCGAAGUGGUGGGUGACGAGCCCGCUGGAGACGCAUGGGAGAAAGGUGAAGGCAAGAUUGUUCGUGUGCAUUUAUUUCCAAGGACAAAGUUGUUUUCCCCCAUGAGCACAGAUGAUUUGCCUUGUGAUUUUCGACAGUUGCUGCCUCAGCGUGUGACUUAUUUGGAGUUUGAAGACGGCGCCACAGAGGUUUAUUGUGAUGAUUGGGUGGACCUCAAUGGUCCCUACAAAGAUGGGAGACCAUGGCGAGGAAAGACAGAAAUUUCCAUCCAACCUCUGGAAGAAGAUGCCGAGCCUGAUGCAGUUGAGCAGAACAUUCCAUCAGCUGCACCUCCAAAAAAAAUGAACAGCUGGUCGAAGCAGAACCUCGAGAUGAACCAGUUCCUGCGACACCAGUUGGUGAAGGGCUCAGAACUCCAGGAGGCCAUGGACAACGCCAAAGAAUGGUUGGUCGAAAGAGGUGGCACAGAUUGGCAGUUGAUUCCUCUUGAGGAGGAGCUGGGCAAGAUGUGGGCGUCGCAGGAAUCAGCCAAUGCAGAUGUGGAGCAGCCUGAUGCAGAUGAUCCAAGAGCUCGAGAACGCGAGGACAUGAGUUCUGGCUCCACAUCCAUGGCUCGAAUGCGUUACGAGUCCGAACGUGACGCAAAGAAGGCUAGACGGGAUUCGGAGUUCUUUGCCAAGAAGGAGCGUGAGAGGAAGCAGGCUCGCGAAGAGCGGUCGAGGAGAAUUCUGUUGGAGGAACAGCAGCGUGCAGCCGCAGCGCCUAUUCCUGAAUAUGAUCCAGAGCUUGAUGAUUACCAUCAAUCAUCACCUUCGAAGAGAUUGCCUGUCGUUGCCGAGAGCCCAGAAGUUGAGACACAAGAGCGAGAAGCCAAGCGGCUUCGUGGCGAUGACAUUGACGCAACAGCUGAGGGUGAGGGUUUGUUUUGUUAUUUGGUCAUUGAGCAACCGCGUUUGUUGAAGCGCAAAGCAAAAGCAGCAUACUUUGCCAAGGAGCUUGAAUACGCAUUGCUAGGCAUUUCCUAUGACGAUUUCAUGUUUGGUUUUCGUCGCAACCGCUUUGACAGGCACUAUGAGGAGAUGUAUGAUUUUGCAAUGAAUGCAACACCUGGCACAGCUGCAGGCAAGAAGCGUGGGAGAAAGGAGAUUCUUUUGCGUGAGUUGCCCGAAGAGCUUAGCAAGUUGUUUACAGACGAUGGCGAAUCAGAUGAGAAAGAGUGGCGUGCUUGGCAAGAGAAGGGUGCAGUUGAUGUUUUGGAUGAAACGUCGAGUCGAGAGAUUCGACGGUUGAAGCCGGACCUGAUAGUUCCAACACGCCGUGAAAUCAAACAGCAUGAGUCGGGUCACAUUGACAUUGCCAUGCGGAACUAUUCAUUGAACACAAAGAAGAUUUCCAUUUCCAAUGUUCGCAAAGCACAAGUUGAAAGUUCACUGACAGAAUCAGAGAUGAAGGAUUUUCUGACAGGUGCUGGAGAGCUUGGCUGGUUGACGCGACAGCUGAGAUGCGAUCUUGGAUACGAGAAUGGAGUCGUUCAGCGUUCAAAGACUGACGCCUGUGUUGGCGACCUCACCAAGUUGAAGCAGUAUCUUUCCAUGGCCCGUCGAGGAGCUGACUUCAGGAUGAGAUAUUGGUCGGACGUUGACCUUCGCAACGGUGUUCUUGUUCAUUUGGCUGAUAGUGGUCAUGCAAACGGCGCGCCCGAGAAGGACGAGAUCAUGAGAUACAGAAGUGUUGGUGGAUAUUUUCUGUUGAUUGCCAAUCCAGAGAAGUUGAAGCUGGAGGCCUUGAGUGGGGAGUUGAAUCUGAAGGACUGGCCUGCUGUGAUCCAAAGGAGGAAGAGGGUCUAUGUCACUGACGCUCGUUCUGUCUACGACUGCCUCCAAAAGGACGCUACAUCCACGUCGACAGACAAACGGAUGGCAUUGGAGGGAGCGUUGUUGAGAGAGAUUGUGAGACAGCCUCAAGCCUUUGUUCGCUGGAUAGAUGGCAUGCAGAAUGUUGCAAAUGUUCUGACGAAGUCUGGAGCCGAGAAGGAUACAUUGCGAGAAUUCCUUCGUGAAGGCAUGAUGUCGUUAGUUCAAAGUGAAGCCAACAAGAAGAUCAAAGAGAAAAAGGGGGCUGAUCGUCAUCGACGCAGCGUCGAACUGGACAAGCCUACCAAGAAGCGAGAGGCCAAUGUUCAGAGAAGACGAAAGCUGGCAGAAGAACUUCAAGGAGUUGAUGUCUCCAGUGAAGCUUUAAAGCCCAAUCGAGGGCAGGGAGUGCCGGAGGACCACAAGAAGGUGCCGCUGGCUGUGCCACUGGUGCGCGCGUUCCGCGACCCUGCGUUGGAAGUUCGUGUGAUGGAGUUGCCGCCCAAGAUGCUCGGAGCUGCGGAAGUCUGUGGGGAGAACUAUGCAAUCUCAGAGUAUGGUGGGGACUCUGAAGGCCAUUUGAAUAUUCUGGAAGUCGAUGGGCAAGAAGCGCCCCGCACGGCGUCGGGGAUCCAGUGGCGACUGGCGAAGGGAUCGGCUGACACGGAGCGAGAUCCGCACCUACAAGCAGCGGUGCCUGCGCAGUAUGAUGCGGCAUUUCUGAAAGAACGUGGCAAUGUUGAUGCAUAUCCAUCGGUGGAGGUGACUUGGCAACGUGGGCAUGAUCCUGAAUUAGAGCUUUGGGCAUGCAAUGGAAGCCCUCCCAGCAGCAUGGCCAAGUCAAAUCUAGAGCCAUCGGCACGGAUCGCGCUGUCUCCGUACCAAACAGCUGAAUUGCAUUUCUUGCUACAAUGUCAUGGCAUUCAACCAGUACCAGGAAGCCCGGCACCAAGGGUGCCCACAGGCGAAGAUGCUUGCGAACGGAUUGCAAACAUCUCUGCGUGGCAGCCAUGGCACUGGCUGUCCGCCACUGCGGCUGUGGUUAUUCCCCUCAUCCUGGUCUACAGAUGUUGCUGUCAUGGCGUGCGGCGUCAUAAGGCCAAGCUAGAUGAUGGAGCAGAUGAGCUUGGAGCUGCCAUCUAG